AUUAACAUGUUGCUGAAUUUUCAACUGGGAGAGGAUUGUCCCUGUCCAGAUGAGAUUCGGGAGGAGCUAUAUGAAUUUCAUGAUGAUCUUCUAAUUCACUGUGGUAUUCCUCUAGAAGAGGAGGAAGAGGAAGAGGAAGAUUACUCCUUGGCUGGCAAACUCCGUUCAUUAAUAUACAAAAUAAAAGGUCCACCAAAAGCAGAAAAGGCAGAACCUAAGGAGGAAGAAGAGAAAUCUCCCACUACGCUGAAAGAACUCAUAUCGCAGACUAUGGUGCGCUGGUCCCAGGAGGAUCAGAUUCAGGAUCCAGAAUUGGUUCGGAUUAUGUACACCCUCCUUCGCAGGCAGUAUGACAGCAUUGGGGAGCUGCUGCAGGCUCUGAGGAAGGCGUACACCAUUAGUGCUGCCUCGGUGAAGGACACCAUUAAUCUGCUUGCAGCACUGGGCCAGAUUCGCUCACUUCUCAGUGUCAGGAUGGGAAAAGAGGAAGAAUUGCUAAUGAUAAAUGGAUUAGGGGAUAUAAUGAACAACAAGGUGUUUUAUCAGCAUCCUAACUUAAUGAGAGUCUUGGGCAUGCAUGAGACUGUUAUGGAUGUGAUGGUGAAUGUGCUUGGAGGAGACAAAUCUCAGAUCGCUUUUCCUAAGAUGGUGGCAAGCUGUUGUCGCUUCCUGUGCUACUUCUGCCGCAUCAGUCGUCAGAACCAAAAGGCAAUGUUUGAGCACCUCAGCUACCUGCUGGAGAACAGCAGUGUUGGACUCGCAUUUCCUUCAAUGAGAGGUUCAACACCGCUGGAUGUUGCAGCAGCAUCUGUAAUGGACAACAACGAGCUUGCACUAGCUUUGGAGGAGCCAGAUCUUGAUAAGGUUGUUACCUACCUGGCAGGUUGUGGCCUGCAGAGUUGUCCAGUAUUGCUGGCUAAAGGAUAUCCAGACAUUGGGUGGAAUCCAAUAGAGGGUGAACGUUACCUGUCAUUCUUAAGAUUUGCAGUUUUUGUUAACAGUGAAAGUGUUGAGGAGAAUGCAAGUGUUGUUGUCAAGCUCCUUAUUCGGCGGCCAGAGUGCUUUGGACCAGACCUUAGAGGAGAAGGAGGAAAUGGUUUGCUGGCAGCUAUGCAGGAAGCUAUCAGGAUCUCAGAGAAUCCCAGUCGUGACCUUCCCUCCCAGGCAUAUAAAAGAGAAGGUGAUGAUGAUGAGGAGGAGGAGGAGGAGAUUGUGCACAUGGGCAAUGCAAUCAUGUCAUUUUACUCAGCUCUUAUAGAUUUACUUGGACGCUGUGCACCGGAAAUGCAUCUUAUUCAAAGUGGAAAAGGAGAAGCUAUUCGAAUCAGGUCAAUCCUUCGAUCUCUAGUGCCAACAGAAGAUUUGGUUGGGAUUAUAAGUAUACCACUAAAGCUGUCAACAGUUAACAAAGAUGGCACAGUAAAUGAGCCAGACAUGUCUGCAAAUUUCUGUCCUGAUCAUAAAGCACCCAUGGUACUUUUUUUGGACCGUGUCUAUGGUAUUAAUGACCAAAGCUUCCUCCUUCACCUACUGGAAGUUGGAUUUUUACCAGAUUUAAGAGCCUGUGCCUCUUUGGAUACAGUUUCUCUGAGUACCACAGAGGCAGCUCUCGCACUAAAUAGAUAUAUUUGCUCAGCUGUAUUUCCAUUGCUCAAAAGAUGUGCUCCCCUCUUUUCUGGAACAGAGCAUCAUGCCUCCCUAGUUGACUCCAUGCUUCACACAAUAUACAGGUUAUCCAAGGGACGUUCCCUUACAAAAGCACAGAGAGACACGAUUGAAGAAUGCCUGCUUGCUAUCUGCCACCACUUACGUCCCUCUAUGCUACAACAGCUGCUGAGAAGGCUCGUUUUCGAUGUGCCUCUACUCAAUGAAUACUGUAAAAUGCCUCUCAAGCUUCUGACAAACCACUACGAGCAGUGCUGGAAAUAUUAUUGUCUGCCUUCAGGAAUGGGAAGCUAUGGAAUUGCAGCAGAAGAAGAAUUACAUUUAACUGAAAAACUUUUCUGGGGAAUAUUUGAUUCCCUGUCUCAUAAGAAGUAUGAUCCAGAGCUCUUUCGAAUGGCUUUGCCUUGCCUAAGUGCUAUAGCCGGUGCCUUGCCUCCUGAUUAUUUAGAUACACGUAUCAGGUCAACUUUGGAAAAGCAGACUUCAGUGGAUCCAGAAGGAAAUUUUGACCCCAAACCUGUUAACACUGCAAACUUUAUACUUCCUGAAAAGUUGGAAUAUAUUGUCAGCAAGUAUGCUGAACAUUCCCAUGAUAAGUGGUCCUUUGAUAAGACUAAUAGUGGAUGGAAAUAUGGUGUUUCACUGGAUGAAAAUAUGAAGACUCACCCGUUAAUAAGACCUUUCAAAACUUUAACUGAAAAGGAAAAGGAAAUUUAUCGUUGGCCUGCCAGAGAGUCACUGAAAACCAUGCUGGCCAUGGGAUGGAGCCUAGAAAGGAACAAGGAAGGAGGAGAAGCAACAAUACAUCAGCGUGAAAAUGAAAAGCUCCGCAGCAUAUCUCAGUCUAGCCAGGGAAAUGGAUAUAGCCCAAUGCCACUUGAUCUCUCUAAUGUGGUGCUCUCUAGGGAGCUUCAGGGAAUGGUUGAGGUAAUGGCAGAAAACUACCAUAAUAUAUGGGCCAAAAAGAAGAAAAUGGAGUUGGAAAGCAAAGGUGGAGGUAGUCAUCCUUUAUUGGUACCUUAUGACACAUUGACAGCCAAGGAGAAAUUACGGGACCGAGAAAAGGCACAAGAGCUGUUUAAAUUCCUUCAAGUCAAUGGUAUAAUCAUAUCUCGGGGUCUGAAUGACAUGGAGCUGGACGCUUCAUCCAUGGAAAAGAGAUUUGCCUUUAAGUUUCUGAAGAAAAUUUUAAAAUAUGUUGAUUCAGCUCAAGAGUUUAUUGCGCAUUUAGAAGCCAUUGUAACCAGUGGAAAAACUGAAAAGUCUCCCCACGAGCAAGAAAUAAAAUUCUUUGCCAAAGUUCUUUUACCAUUAGUUGAUCAGUACUUUACAAAUCACUGCCUCUACUUCCUGUCUUCUCCAACAAAAGCACUUAGUAGCAGUGGGUAUGCAUCAAAUAAGGAAAAAGAAAUGGUAGCAAGCCUGUUCUGCAAACUAGCAGCUCUUGUUAGACAUAGGAUUUCACUUUUUGGUAGUGAUUCUGCUACUAUGGUGAACUGCCUGCACAUCUUAGCUCAGUCUCUUGACACAAGAACUGUUAUGAAAUCAGGAUCUGAGCUUGUUAAAGCUGGAUUGCGUGCCUUUUUUGAAAAUGCAGCUGAAGACCUGGAAAAAACUUCAGAAAAUCUUAAACUUGGAAAAUUCACCCAUUCACGAACACAAAUAAAGGGUGUUUCACAGAAUAUCAAUUACACUACAGUGGCACUGUUACCAAUCUUGACAUCAAUUUUUGAACACAUCUCACAAUAUCAGUUUGGAAUUGAUUUACUUCUUGGUGAUGUACAAAUUUCAUGUUACAGAAUUCUUUCUAGCCUCUACUCCCUUGGGACUGGGAAGAACAUCUAUGUUGAAAGGCAGCGUCCUGCACUUGGUGAGUGCUUAGCAUCUCUUGCAGCAGCCAUUCCAGUGGCAUUCCUUGAACCUUCUCUCAAUCAUUACAACCCAUUGUCUGUCUUCAACACAAAAAGUGCAAGAGAAAGAGCAAUUUUAGGUAUGCCUGAUACAGUAGAAGAGAUGUGUCCAGAGAUCCCUCACUUGGAUGGACUAAUAAAGGAAAUUAAUGAUUUAGCAGAGUCUGGAGCAAGAUAUACUGAAAUGCCUCAUGUAAUUGAGGUUAUCUUACCCAUGCUAUGCAACUAUUUAUCCUACUGGUGGGAAAGAGGGUCUGAGAGUGUUCCUCAGAGUGCUGGGUCUUGCUGUACAAUGAUAACAUCUGAGCAUCUAAGCAUCGUUCUUGGAAACAUUCUAAAAAUCAUUAACAACAAUCUGGGAAUAGAUGAAGCAUCUUGGAUGAAAAGAAUUGCAGUUUACGCUCAACCCAUCAUCAGCAAAGCCAGGCCUGAUCUGCUGAAAACUCACUUUAUUCCAACGCUGGAGAAAUUGAAGAAGAAAGCUGUAAAGAUUGUGGUGGAAGAGGAGCAACUUAAAGCAGAUAGUAAAACUGACACCCAAGAAGCUGAGCUACUCAUUCUGGAUGAGUUUGCUGUUCUUUGUAGAGACCUUUAUGCCUUCUAUCCAAUGUUGAUACGCUAUGUAGACAACAACAGAGCAAAUUGGCUAAAGAAACCAGAUGCAGAUUCUGAUGAACUCUUUCGAAUGGUAGCUGAAGUUUUUAUCCUGUGGUGUAAAUCACAUAAUUUCAAAAGAGAAGAACAAAAUUUUGUGAUUCAGAAUGAAAUCAAUAAUUUGGCAUUUUUAACAGGAGACAGCAAGAGCAAGAUGUCUAAAGCCAUGCAAGUAAAGUCUGGAGGACAAGAUCAAGAGAGAAAGAAAUCAAAACGCAGAGGGGAUUUGUACUCCAUUCAGACUUCCUUGAUUGUAGCUGCACUUAAGAAGAUGCUUCCUAUUGGUUUGAAUAUGUGUACUCCUGGAGAUCAAGAGCUCAUCUCUUUGGCUAAGACUAGAUACAGCCAUAGGGACACUGAUGAUGAAGUCAAAGAACAUAUACGUAACAACUUACAUUUGCAGGAAAAGUCUGAUGAUCCAGCAGUGAAGUGGCAGUUAAAUCUGUACAAAGACAUUUUGAAGAGUGAUGAACCCACUGACCCUGAGAGGAACGUGGAACGCGUGCAGAGGAUAUCAGCUGCUCUGUAUCAUCUAGAACAGGUUGAACAACCACUGAGAUCCAAGAAAGCUGUUUGGCACAAACUCCUCUCAAAGCAACGCAAAAGGGCUGUUGUUGCAUGUUUCAGAAUGGCACCAUUAUACAACCUGCCAAGGCACCGUUCUAUUAACCUCUUCCUCCAUGGCUAUCAGAACUAUUGGAUAGAAACAGAGGAAUAUUCAUUUGAGGAGAAACUAGUUCAGGAUUUGGCUACACCUCCAAAAAAAGAGGAAGAAGAAGAGGAAGAGACCGAGAAAAAACAGCCUGAUCCACUUCAUCAGAUUAUCCUCUACUUUAGUCGCAGUGCUCUCACAGAGAGAAGCAAAUUAGAAGAUGAUCCUUUAUAUAUCGCCUACUCUGCCAUGAUGGCAAAGAGCUGUCAGGAAGAAGAAGAAGAGGAAGAAGAAGAAAAAGAAAAGACAUUUGAGGAGAAAGAAAUGGAAAAACAGAGAACUCUCUAUCAGCAAGCUCGUUUACAUGAUCGUGGAGCUGCUGAGAUGGUCCUUCAGAUGAUUAGUGCAAGCAAAGGCCAUACAGGACCCAUGGUUGUUGAAACACUAAAACUUGGUAUUGCUAUUCUAAAUGGUGGGAAUACCAUAGUUCAACAGAAAAUGCUAGACUACCUGAAGGAGAAAAAGGAUGCCGGAUUUUUUCAAAGUCUCUCUGGCUUGAUGCAGUCCUGCAGCGUUCUUGACUUGAAUGCAUUUGAAAGACAAAAUAAAGCAGAAGGCCUGGGAAUGGUUACUGAAGAAGGAACUCUCAUCGUUCGUGAGCGUGGUGAAAAAGUGUUGCAGCAUGAUGAAUUCACUCGAGAUCUAUUUAGAUUCUUACAACUGCUCUGUGAAGGGCAUAACAAUGAUUUUCAAAAUUACCUACGUACUCAGAUGGGCAACACCACAACAGUGAAUAUUAUCAUUAGUACAGUUGACUAUCUCUUGCGUCUUCAGGAAUCAAUCAGUGACUUUUAUUGGUACUAUUCAGGAAAGGAUGUCAUUGAUGAAUCAGGGCAACGUAACUUCUCUAAAGCUCUGGCUGUCACCAAACAAAUAUUCAAUUCCCUUACUGAAUACAUCCAGGGUCCUUGCAUAGGUAAUCAGCAGAGUCUGGCUCAUAGCAGGCUGUGGGAUGCAGUUGUUGGCUUUCUUCAUGUCUUUGCCAAUAUGCAGAUGAAACUUUCACAGGACUCCGCACAGAUUGAAUUGCUUAAAGAACUGCUAGAUCUGCUAAAGGAUAUGGUAGUGAUGCUCUUGUCACUGCUUGAAGGCAAUGUUGUAAAUGGAACUAUUGGAAAACAAAUGGUAGACACGCUCGUAGAAUCAUCUAGCAAUGUAGAAAUGAUUUUGAAGUUCUUUGACAUGUUCCUUAAGUUAAAAGAUCUGACUAACUCAGAUGCCUUCAAAGAGUAUGACCCAGAUGGUAAAGGCAUCAUUUCAAAGAAGGAAUUCCAGAAAUCAAUGGAGGCUCAAAAACAAUACAUGCAGUCAGAGAUUGAAUUCCUGCUGUCCUGUGUUGAAGCGGAUGAAAAUGAUAUGUUUAAUUAUGUUGAUUUUGUUGAAAGAUUCCAUGAACCAGCCAAAGACAUUGGAUUUAACGUGGCAGUAUUGCUAACAAACCUUUCAGAGCACAUGCCUAAUGAUUCACGCCUUCAGAGCUUACUCGAACCUGCAGAAAGUGUUCUUAAUUAUUUUGAACCAUACCUUGGCCGUAUUGAAAUAAUGGGUGGAGCUAAGAAAAUAGAAAGAGUUUACUUUGAAAUCAGUGAAUCCAGUAGAACGCAGUGGGAGAAGCCACAGGUGAAGGAAUCCAAAAGGCAGUUCAUAUUUGAUGUUGUAAAUGAAGGUGGGGAACAAGAAAAAAUGGAACUCUUUGUGAAUUUCUGUGAAGACACAAUCUUUGAAAUGCAAUUAGCAUCCCAGAUCUCUGAAAUGGAUUCAUCUGACAGACCUGAGGAAGAGGAAGAGGCAGAGCCUUGUUAUGUAGUGGAUAUUGGAGAUGAUGAGGAAGAAGAAAAGUCACUGGAAUCUGCUUCAGCUUUUGCAAUGGCCUGUUUUGCAGUGAAGAAGAAUGUUGCCCACUUUUUAAAAAUGGUCACUGCGAAGAACCUAAGGAAACAAUACAGGAAAGUUAGAAAGAUGACAGUAAAAGAGAUGGUCAAAGUGUUUUUCUCCUUUUUCUGGAUCCUAUUCGUAGGGAUGUUCCAGCUGUUCUUUAGUAUAGUGUGGGGGAUUUUCCAGAUCCUUUGGAGCACUGUAUUUGGGGGUGGUCUGGUUGAAGGAGCCAAAAACAUUAAGGUUACUAAAAUAUUAGGGGACAUGCCUGACCCAACACAGUUUGGAAUCCAUGAUGAUGUGAUGGAAGCAGAAAAAGCUGAAGGUGCUGAGCAUGGCAUCAGAGCUGAACUUGUGCAGUUUGUGAAGGGUGAAAAGGGAGAAGCUGACAUCAUCUCAGACAUUUUUGGCAUUCAUACAAAGAAAGAAGGUGGCUCAAAACAUGGUCAUGACGCUGGACUUGGGGAUAUUGCAGAAAUUCUUGGUACUGAAAUCCAGGAGUCUUUGGAAGUCACAGUUCAUAAGAAAAAAGACUUGCAGAUAUCUGAAAUUGCAAAAGCCGAACGAGAAAAAAAAGCAGAAGCUGAGAAGGCUGACAUGGAAGAUGGUGAGAAACAAGAUAAAGCAAAGGAAGUACAAUCUGAGCAGCUAGAAGAGGGAAAAGUGAAGAAAAAGAAGCGAAGGCAUGGACAAAAAAUUGAGAAACCGGAGGCUGUCAUGGCUAACUUCUUCAAAGCUGUGGAGAUUUAUCAAACAAAAAUGCUCCACUACUUGGCAAGAAACUUUUAUAACCUAAGGUUUCUUGCUCUGUUUGUUGCAUUUGCCAUCAACUUUAUUCUUCUAUUUUACAAGGUGACAGAAGAACCACUUGACGAAGUAGAGGAAGACUCUAAUCUCUGGAACUCUUUUGAUGAAGAGGAAGAGGAGGAUGGCAUGGUGUUUUUUGUUUUAGAAGAAAGUACUGGUUACAUGGCACCUGCUCUCAGAGCACUGGCAGUUAUUCAUACCAUCAUCUCUUUUGUGUGUGUGAUUGGAUACUAUUGCUUGAAGGUUCCUCUGGUUGUAUUCAAGAGAGAAAAAGAGGUAGCAAGAAAGCUGGAAUUUGAUGGACUAUACAUAACUGAACAGCCAUCUGAAGAUGAUAUUAAAGGACAGUGGGAUCGCCUGGUUAUAAAUACUCCGUCCUUCCCUAACAACUACUGGGACAAAUUUGUAAAACGGAAGGUUAUUAACAAGUAUGGAGACUUAUAUGGAGCAGAGCGCAUAGCAGAGCUUUUGGGUUUGGACAAAAGUGCCCUUGAUUUUAGUCCAGUGGAAGAGAGUGAACCAGAAGAGGCAUCUCUUGUGUCAUGGUUAAGCUCCAUUGAUACAAAAUACCACAUUUGGAAGCUUGGAGUUGUUUUCACUGAUAAUUCAUUUUUAUACCUGGCUUGGUACACAACUAUGUCUAUCCUUGGGCACUACAACAACUUCUUCUUCGCUGCUCAUCUGCUGGAUAUUGCCAUGGGUUUCAAGACGCUGCGAACCAUUCUGUCUUCAGUCACUCACAAUGGCAAACAGCUUGUGCUGACGGUAGGACUCCUGGCUGUCGUGGUGUACCUCUACACCGUGGUGGCCUUCAACUUCUUCCGCAAAUUCUACAACAAAAGUGAAGACGAAGAUGAACCAGACAUGAAGUGUGAUGAUAUGAUGACGUGUUACCUGUUCCACAUGUAUGUGGGUGUAAGAGCUGGUGGUGGCAUUGGAGAUGAAAUUGAGGAUCCUGCUGGAGACCCUUAUGAAAUGUACCGAAUUGUCUUUGACAUCACGUUUUUCUUCUUUGUCAUUGUUAUCCUGCUGGCCAUUAUUCAAGGUCUGAUUAUUGAUGCUUUUGGUGAAUUAAGAGACCAGCAAGAACAAGUGAGAGAAGAUAUGGAGACCAAAUGUUUUAUUUGUGGAAUCGGCAAUGAUUAUUUUGACACAACCCCACAUGGCUUUGAAACACACACUCUGCAAGAACACAACCUGGCAAACUAUCUGUUCUUUUUAAUGUAUCUCAUUAACAAGGAUGAAACUGAGCAUACUGGCCAGGAGUCAUUUGUGUGGAAGAUGUACCAAGAAAGAUGUUGGGACUUCUUCCCAGCAGGGGACUGCUUCCGGAAACAAUAUGAGGAUCAACUUGGCUAA